AUGGGUGGCGGUCCCCUAGAAGGAACAGAUGAUCCAUUCGUAGCGGAAGCAGAGCGAACAGAUAUGGUGACGAACUAUAACGAAAGGUUCUCAGACGGGCCGGAAAUGGAGGAAAACGCCGAGAGUGACGGACAAACGGCAGAGGAAGCUACUGCGGAUCAAAUCGAGGUUUCUACACGACUGAAAACUAUAACUGAUCCAAAUAUGUUAAAUGGAUCUCUCAACGAGUCUUUUGGAGUUUCCAAUGACUCGCCGUAUAGCACCCCCGCCCCCUCUGGCGAGUUCAAUAGUCAUGAAACCGACGAGCACUCUCCCCCGCUUGCUGCUUUACAGACUCAGUACGCUCCUAUACAGGAUUCUACCUUUGAAGAUAAUUUGUCCUACGAGCAAUCUAUAAUGAAGAGCGAAGCGGAAAAGAAUCCGUUCGUCGGUCGGCUAGAGAGCAUUGAAGAAUUGAUGAGGGAAUACGAACAUGGAAGUGACUCUUAUCGUCAGAAGAUACAAAAACUGGCUGAGAAACAUGGUAAGAUCAGGCGCUGUCGUGGUGACGGAAAUUGUUUCUACCGAGCAUUGGCUUUUGCUUGGUUUGAACGGCUUCUCCAUUCCAGAAGUCAUCAUCUUAUUCAAAAGGCACUUGACACGAUCAAGUCGACUUCGGACCUUCUGAUCUCGGCAUCUUUCCAACAAGAGGUUAUUGAGGAUUUCUAUGAAGGAGUUUACCAACUUUUGCAAUCAAUUUCAAAAGGAAAUGUGAACGAUGAGUCGUUAUGGUCCAUGUUUCAGGUCGGCAUGACCUCUAAUUGCAUUGUAUGGUACUUUAGAGCUGUUACCUCUGCAUUUUUGAAGAAGAACAGAGAAGAGUUUGAGCCAUUUCUAGAAGUAGAUAUGGACAUGGAUCAAUACUGUGGAAAAUUUGUGGAGGUUAUGGACAAAGAAGCUGACCAUAUUCACGUUACAGUGUUGACUCGGGCAUUGCAAAUUCCCGUGGAAAUCGCAUAUUUGAGCGGAUCAAACGCAUUAGAAGAAGUUAACUUCCAUGAAUUUUAUCCGGAACCGGAAGAAAACAAUGGUGUACCGACUGUUCCGUUGAAACCUUUAGUUUUGUUAUAUAGGCCGGGUCACUAUGAUAUUUUAUAUCGAAACGAAUGA